AUGUCGAGGCGUGACGACGACGACGAUCUCUACCGGAGGAGCAAUGGCGGGGCGUCCGUGGACAUCGCCGGCGCCGCGGCCACCCGCCUCUCCGGUGGACACAGCACCCACACUCGCGAGCACACGCUCCCGACUAAUUAUUUUCGUUGUAUCACAUCAAACAGAUAUCCACAUGUGACUGGUACAUCGGUAAUUGCACUAAAGUACAAGGAUGGUGUGAUCAUGGCAUGUGACACUGGAGCCUCCUAUGGCUCAAAUUUGCAAUACAAAAGUGUGGAGCGCAUUAAGGUGGUUGGCAAACAUAGCCUUAUUGGAGCGAGUGGGGAAUUCAGUGAUUUCCAGGAGGUUCUGCGCUGUUUGGAUGAACUAACUUUUUUCGAUCAUAUGUGCGACGAUGGAAACUCACUGGGUCCCAAAGAGAUUCAUAGCUACCUGACAAGCGUAAUGUACAGCAGACGGAGCAAGUUUGAUCCUCUAUGGAACUCCCUCGUAAUUGGUGGAGUGAAGAAGGGUCCAAACGGCGAAGAGAAAUAUCUUGGCACGGUUAACCUGAUUGGUACACACUAUGAGGAAAACCAUAUUGCAACUGGAUUUGGUAACCAGCUGACAGUCCCUAUACUUCGUGCUGAAUGGCAUGAUAAUAUGACUUUUGAAGAAGCUGUUAGGCUGGUCGAGAAGUGCUUGCUCGUCUUGCUGUACCGUGACCGGUCAUUUAUCAACAAAUUUCAGAUUGCCAAGAUCACAGCAGAGGGAGCUACCAUCUACCAACCAUACUCGUUGAAGACUCACUGGGGCUUCUCUGCAUUUGAGAACCCAUCCAAGGGUGCUGUAGGAUCAUGGAGCCAGGUCAAUAGCCAGGAUGCAGCACACUGUUGA